AUUGUUGUUGUUUUGUUUUCGGCGUGAGCGGACGUGUGUUUCUUGUGCGGAUAAACGCGGUUUUUGGCUCUACGUACAGUUGAUAUAUACAUAUAUAAUAUGCGCAUAUACAUAUAGGCGAUUUGAGUGAGUGUGAGUGUGUGUGAAAGUGCAUAAGGCUAAAGAUCAGCUGCAAGAUCGUUACAGUAUCGAAACGGAAUACAUAUAUUAAAGGAAGAUAUUUGGCAACGGGAAAUAAACGGAAAAAUAUUAGACGGUGGGCAAUAGUUUUGCUACCUGAGAUUUGCUACUGCUGAUUAUAGUGUGUGUGUGUGUGUCUUGUGGGUGAAUGUGGGAGUGAGACAGCUUGUGUUUUUGCCGCUAGAGACGAAACCAGCUGACAAGCAAAAGGCCAAAGCAAAACAAGUGGAAAAGAAACAAUAAGCAGGCAGACAGCAAACUGCACAAUAUUUCAAUAUAUAUUAUCACGCUAAUUUAACAUAAACAAAUACAAAAUUAAACAAAAUGUCGGCUGUACCGUUGGCUAUCAAAACGGAGGAAGUAAUAUUGGAAAAUGCCGAAUACAACAGCGCCGAGGAAUUGGAUGAAGAGUUACAAUUACAAUUAGAAGAUUCAGGAGGCGAAAAUACGUAUCAUAUUGAGUACACCACCGAUCCGGCGCAUCAUCAUCAGGUUACAACCAAUUCACAGCGUCGACAAUCGAAUAUGAGUGGCGGUGGUACAUCAAAUACCACUAAAGGCGGAGGAGCUGGCGGCGGAGGCGGCGGCGGCGGUGGCAGCGGCAGUGGUGCAGUCAGUGACGGUGAUGGCAAACCCAUGGCCGACAGCGAGAAACGUAUGCGACGUGAGAUAGCCAACAGCAAUGAAAGACGCCGCAUGCAGAGCAUUAAUGCUGGUUUCCAAAGUUUACGUUCCCUUCUGCCCCGUCACGAAGGUGAAAAAUUGAGCAAGGCUGCCAUCUUGCAACAGACUUUUCAAUACAUUGUCGAAUUGGAGAAUCAAAAGACGCAACUACUCACACAGAACAGCGAGCUGAAGCGUCAGGUGGGCGAACAUGAAGCUGGUGGCGGCAAUGGCAAUGGCAACAACAACUCCUCAGAUCCUAACUACAACAAUGAGGGGGGCAAUGCGGCAAAUGGAGGCGGCAGCAGCUCUGUGGUGGCCAUUAAGAAGCGCAAACUGACCGACAAUGUGAUCAACAUACAAACGAUCAGCGAUAGUUCCGAUGAGGGUUUGGGCUCCAUGUCACCCGAACCCAUGACCCUUUUGAGUGGUCAGACAGCAGCAGCUGCAGCGGCGGCCACAAAAUUGAAUAAUGCCAGCAUUAUAGCGGCCAAAGAAUUGCUCGAGAUGAAGAAACAGUUGGAGAAGGAACGUAGUUUACGUCGCCUGCUCGAGGAUGAAUUGCAAAUGAUCAAAAGGCAACUAUAUAGUGUGGCCACAGCACCACCUGGCACCGCUGGCACAGUGGCUGUAGCCGGUGGUUCCACCAGUCAUCAUCACAUUCCCCGUGAAGUAAUCGAGCAUACCGAUAACUUUGUACGCAGCGAUGAACUGGAGGAAUUGGCUGGUCCCGGCACCGUGUCCUAUGUGGAAAUCGAUGAAAUGACUGGACAACAGCAGGUGGUUGUCUGUUCGAGUAUUGAGGAAUUGGAGGCAGAGGAUGCAACAGGCGAAAUCAUUGCCGAAGAUCAUCAUUCAGUUCUGUCGCAUCAUCAUCAUCAUCAGCAUCAAGUGCAUGAGGAGGUUAUAUUAUCAUCGAAUAGUUCAACAGAAUCGGAGAAUGAGGUUAAUGUGAAUGCCAUUGCCAAAGCCUAUGCCGAAGGUAGCACACCCAAUGUGGCCAUGUUGCAACCAAUUCUUCAGGCAGCCAUUAAGGCAACACCCAAAGUCGAGGUGGAACGUAUCAAUGAGAAAUUGGUUAAAGUCAAGGCAGAGAAAUUGGAUCAUCAGCCGGCAGUUGUUGGUUUCACACGCUCUCGUCAAAAUUUAGAGACCAUAGUGGAAGCCAUUCGCCAUUUGGAGGGUGAUCAUCUCUUCUCGGAUGGCGGCGCCGGCGGCGAGAAGCAGUAUCAAGGACAACAGUUGCACCAUCAGACCCAGCAGCAGCAACAACAGCAGCAACAGCAUCAUCUCCAGCAGCAACAUCAUGUGGUGACCACCAGUCAUCAUUUAACACGCCAUCGUUUGGCCCAAGAUGCUCCAUUAGCUUUAACCACCAGCAGCAGCACCGCGACAACAACACCAACUGGCAUCAUUGCAGGUGUCAAUGUUGGCACUGGAACCAUUGUUAAGCAGCAACAUCAUGCCGCUUUGGCUGAACUGCGUCCUUUCCUACAGCUCAAGGGCAACAAGCAGGUUAUCAUAACAGCAAAGUCUGCCAAAUCAGAUGGUAUUGCAGUUGGUGGCCCAGUGACACCUACAGCCAUCUUUAAAGUUCAAACGGCAUCCACAUCAGCAGCCACAUCCUCGUCAAGCAACAACAACAACAGCGGCAGCAACAGCAGCAAUCAGCAGCAGCAACAGGCCCAACAAUUGACAAUUACCACAGCUCUGAAGCAAUGUCGUCCUGGUGUUAUAGUGGCCAAGCAAUUAAAUUCAUCCUGAUUGCCAUUGCCCCAACAAAAUCACCAGCAGCAGCAGCAACAUCAACACCACCAGCACCACAUCCAGAAAAGGUCGAGUAUUAAAGGCUCAUCGGCGACAGCAACAACUAUGGAUAAAACUAAUUUAACUAAGCAACAAUUUGCCCGACAGCAGCAGCAGCAGCAAACGUUUAACAGUGGGCAACGUCUAAAUGGCAGAAAUGUUAGGCCUCUACUGUUAACUAGGCAAAGAACUGUAAAUUAGUUAAACAAAAACAAAAAAGAAAGCAAGGAGAAGAUCUCUCGAUAUGGAGAGAAAUUUAAAUCAAAUGAACAUUUUUUAUAUAUGUUUUA